UUUUCCCCUUCUUAAUAUAGACACUAUCGGAAAACCCCUAGAAACACGUACAGGUACGCAUGCGCAUGCGCGACACGACACGACAGGGAGUACUUGUUGCACGACUGCGUCAUUCUGGAGCUGACUUUGGAAGGAAAGGUUUCUCCAUAUGCCGGCUGGUCAGGAACCCACGAUGAGGAACAUAAUGUAUAAAUGGAUAUUGAAUAUUUAUAUCCGAUACAUAAUAGCGCCAAUAAGAAAAUAUUUCUUCAAGUUGAAAUAUGGAAAUAUUAUCGUAAAGAAAGUCAGUGGUGGACGCUUGACUGACACUAUUUUAUAUAUCAUGGCAUUAAAUGAUCCGUCAUGGUAUUGUAAUAAAUCGCAUAAAAAUAUGGCGCCGUCGAAUUGGUACUAUACACCAAUGCUAAACGCGUUUCCCUAUAUCUGGGUAUACCCAUCAAUAUCCCUUAAAGGGAAUUUCGAGGAACUAAUGGCUAGACGUGGAGUACCUCUGGAGGAAAUCAUGGUCUAUGAAGCGCUGAGAUUGAAAUCUUUCCAUGCCGUAGACACAGCAAAUGUAUCCCCCAUACAGCUGGCGGCUGCAGGGUUCUAUGCUACAGAUGGUGGUAGAGAGGUCAGAUGCUUCAGCUGCGGCAUUAGGCACGGGAUGCACGCCACUCAACGUCAUAAAACUGGGUGUCGACACAGGAAUGGUUUACCUUGUGGAAAUGUUACUUUUCGUGAGAGCCCUUUGCCUUCGGAGUGGAGUAUUAUAAGUAUCCGUUCUAGAUACCCACCUAUAACUACAGAUAUCGAUCUUCAUUCUCCCGUGAGUCAGCCACGACUUUCUGAUCCCGGUCCAACGGCCUAUACUAACCAUAGAGUAACUGAUCACACUACGGAACCUGAUAGACUGGCUUCGUUUGAACUGGCUUCGACGGAGAGACGUCAGGCUCCGCAACAGACCCCGAAAGCAGAAGAAAGCACUGUGGAAGAGAUACAGCAGCUGAAUGAGUCGGACUUGUGUAAGAAAUGUCUGGAGGACCCCGCCAACAUCGUCUUCCUACCCUGUGGACAUCUGGUGGCCUGUUCCAUGUGCGCCCCAGCUCUAGAACAUUGCCCAGUCUGUAGGACACACGUCCGGGGAACAGUCCGGAGAAAAUGAUGUAAUUUAGAAUUUAAAUUAUAUAUAUAUACAUAUAUAUAUAUAUUGUGAAUAACUAAUAGCUUUCUAUAAGCAACUAAUUUUACGUUUCUCAAAUUUACAAAUUCAUGAGUACGUUCUCGAUUACGUGAGAGGUAUUUUUAUAUGUAAACCUCAUGAUAAUAUAUGUGCUGAUGAAACCAUCUUGGUUUUUGAUAAGAAACAUAUAUGCUAAAUAGAAAAUUAUCACAUUAUGGAUAAUCUAAUACUAAAAAUUUAGAUCAGUUUAGAUUAUUACUAUAGUUAAUAUGUCAUGCCAUUUCGUAUUACUAUAGUUAUUAAUAUAUCAUGGCAGGACACAGUAACUAUAGUAAUAUGAAAUAAUCUGGUGUUUUUAACCUGUUUUUGAGGAGCAUAUGUGAUACAUACAUAGAAAAAUGUAUGUUCCCGAUAAGGAUAUUUGAUAUUUUAAAUACCCGGCUAAAACUCCCAUUGAAAAUAAGUUCAUCAUUGGUAAUGACUUUAUUCGUAAUGAAUUUGUUUAUUAUGGUUUUGUGCCUCAAAUACCACAUGCCCUUAAACAUCAACUGUGCAUGUAAGAUUACCACUGACUGCAACUUGGGUUUCACUCUCGUUUGCACUGGAGAUGUUUAAGUCGACAUCACACUAGAUGCAUUGAUUUCCUUGUUUGUUUCGAAACUUUCGCAUUUAAUAUAACAAGGAGGUUAUAUGUAGGCAUGAUAAUGAAUGAAACCUUUUCACUCUGCACAGAUUAGGGUUAGAAUUAAAAAGAUUCGUAAGAGGCGACUGACGAGAUCGUGUGGUCAGCCUCGGUGACUUGAUUGAUGCAUGUAUCAUAGGCAGUUUGGCAGGGUAUAUAGGUUUUAACAGGGAGUCUAUAUGUUUUAACAAGGAGUGUAUAUACGUUUUAUAUAUUCCCUUAAUUAAGUAAGUUGAUUAUAUCUAUUUAAAUAAACAGAGUGCUGCCAAUACAAAUUAUAACAGCAGCUGGGGUAUCAUUACCAUGGCCAGCAGCACAGAGUCAUGUGCGUGUCAGCGGGUUGUAGUUAAUGCCAGAGAAUGGCCGGUUGGCCACUGAAGCUUAACUUUGUGGAUGAGGUGCGGGAUACUGCAGGCUGACCAUGUAUGUAACGUAACACGAUACAUUGCAGUCUGAAAGUGAGGGUUAAAGAUAGUACGCUUUCUGUUAGUCGGGACUUGACCCUUGGACAGCGGCUAGGCAGGUUGGCUCUCUGACGCCUCUGAUAUGCUGCCUGGCCAUGUCUGUCCCAUUACCACAAUCGUGAUUAUGCACAUGCCGUAACUGUUAUAUCACAAAUAAAGUGUUGUGGGCCCAAUGAUGGACUCCUGUGUUUGAAGGACAGAUAUCCCAAACCUAACAGCCCGGGAUACAUGGUGGAAUCCAAGAUCUCGGAACCUCUCUGCAACAACGUUCGUAAGCGAAAUCUCCCCACAAGUCCGGUGAUAUCCAUCCAUCCUGGGUCCACAUCACAACUCACGUCAAAACAGCAACUAUCAUCGUGAAUUCGGAGAACAGUUGACCACACUGCCUUUCAACUGUGCCACGGAAUCCACAAUUGGGACGCUUUGCAGCUUUGUGAAAAGGUUUCCGUCACAUCUUACAAUAGUGACGUCUUUUUACGGCAAGUGGGAACAACAGCAAGAAUUCUGUGAGUUCCUCACCAUCCACGACUGCAAGCAACGAAUGCACGUACAACGGCCCCUAUACGUGAAUCCUUUCGGAAACAAAUAAAAACCAAGGACUCCAUCAAGGCAAAGAAUUUCAACUAACUCUGUUUCACCUUGUGUCAGUGACUUUGUGAUUUUUCAGUGACUAUAGUGAUUGUUCUGUAAUUUUUAGUUAAUCUUUCCACUGGGUAAGUGUUUAUACAAUUUGGUCAUUCUUGUUAAGUCUUUAAAGUUACGAUGCCUCUGUUUUCAUUCAAAACUACAUGCUCUGAUGAUGAAACGCCUUCCAGUAAGCCGAGUUUUCUUUCGAGGAUCCGCCGUAAACCUAAACAGGCAGAUGCUAAGACAACCCCUCUUCGUUCCCUUUCUCCAUCUUCUACUCAUCAGCCAGCCACUUCUAAACCCCCUGAUCCCCAUUGCCGAAUUAUUAACCCCCAUUCUGAGGGCCGUUGUUGUUCUCUCCCUCCGUGCCCCUCUCCACUCGCUGACCACCGCACUGUCCAGCCCCCAUCUCGCGUCAGCUUCACGACCCUCCCCAUGCCUUUGUUUGACGGACAUGAUGCCUUUGUUUGACGGACAUGAUCCCCGCUCUGCACCUUCAUGCCUAGGUAGAUUUCAGAAAUUUACCUCAAUUCAAAAUUACACCAGUGAAGAAAUUAUUAACGUUUUCCCCCUAUAGUUAUCCAAAACUGCUUUAAUUUGGUAUGAAGGACUUCCAUGUAAAGACAACAUGACAUGGCCUGAACUCAAACAAUCAUUUUUAAAAUGGUAUGGUCCAACGUCUACCUAGGAUAUAUUGGUGGAGCUUCGAUCCUCGGUACCUCAAACCCAAUGCAACAAGAUAAAGAAGUUUGUCAACACAAAGUGAAUCGUUAUUUCGUCUUGGGUCCACAACAAUCACGACAACAACCAACAACCAGCAUUCUGGUUCGUCUAUCCUCAAGCUAUUCUGUGCUCAUCAUUAUUGUCAUCAUUGUUCUUACUCGGAGAUAUUGUUACCAUCCUAAAAGGCCAACCCCUUAAGCCGUCCCGGGGACCAGCAACUUUUCCAGGAUACAACAGAAAAAGAACCCAGGAUUCCUUGUUUCGUCACACCCCUCCCUCAACCAUCAAGAGGUGAUUUCGAAGACUGACAUUUUCAUCGACGACCACUGUGUUAACAACAUCAAGUUCCACUUAACCAAGACAUUUGUUUCAUUCCGGUAAUUCCUGUGUGUUUGUGCCAGCCACUAUCUCAAAAGAAACAGUCCUCAAAGGCAUUGUGAUUUGCAGUGAAUAUUUGUUGUAAUUAAUGUGCUACAGCCCUUCAUAUUUGUGACAUUCGUAGGAACAGUUUUGGUAAGCAUUAUUUCAUAUAUUGUAUUACAAUCAACAAGAAUGACUUUUUACGCUCUGAAACCCCUCAAUGCCCAUGAACGUCUUCCCCUAUCCUCCCCCGAAGUCUUGAGUCCUCCCAUAGUAUACCAGUCCUUACAGUCUAGAAAUGGUUCAACCCAACAAGAAACUAUUUUCACUCCCCGAUGGGAAACCUUGUAUGCAACCGGGUCACCACGACCUCGUUCACCACAGCCUCAACACCCCCAGGACCCCCAACAAACUCCCCUAUCUUACUUGCCUCCUCCAUCACAGUGUACCUCCCUCUCCUCACCACCCCCCUCCCAAUCUGAAAUACCUCAAACAUGUCAGCUGACCAAUCGCCCGAGACCCCACGCUGAUAAUCCUUCGUCCACUGAUGAUCGCACCUCUUUAUUAAGACUCAUUAACUGCUCCCGCCUCCCGCUCUCAAUGUAUGAUGGCAAGGAUUCCAUUGCUGCUGUUUCAUGGCUGAAACGCUUUGAAAACUUUGCUUCAGUACAAAAGUAUUCUGAAGAAGACCAAACAAAAAUAUUCCCCCUUUAUUUAACUGAUCUCGCAGCUGAAUGGUACGAUGGUAUCAACAAUAUUUCACUUAUGUCUUGGUCUGAGUUGAGACAAGCCUUUUUACGGAGAUAUGCACCUUCCGCAGUAGGUCUUGUAACUCGACAAAAUGAUUUAUUGGACAGAAAACAGAGGGAAGGUGAACCUUUCCGAUCUUUCCUCCAGUCCAUAAGACAUGAGGCAGAGCUUCUACAAAGAAAUGAAGACAUGUACAUCAAAGAUCUUAUUCUCCGUAAUGCUCUUCCCAAUAUCCGCAUGUUCAUCCUGACACGCCCCCUCACCUCCUUAAAACAGGUCACAGAUAGUGCGGAGAUAGCCGAGGCCAUGUCAGGGUGGACUGACUCCAGAUCUGAUGAAACCAUGACCGCUAUAAAUGAACUCACAGUUAAAGUCAAUACUCUCAACACCCAUCAUGUCAAUGCAAUAGGAUCAGAUACUGGGCCAAAGAAAGAGCAUUCAUGUCAGUCAGGAUCUAUUCCAUCACCAUAUCCCCAAGCACAACAUGUGAACCACGGGUCUCAGUCCCCAACUCAUCAACCCUGGUCAUCACAAUACCGACCUUGCAUGUAUAAUCAAGGACCCCAUCUGUGCCCUUUAACGACUCCAUGGGAUUCCAAUGUGAAGAUAACGCUCGUUCUCUUGACCAGUUCAUGUGGUAUCAUCAAAACCUCUUGCUACGAUGUCUUAGUAUUGCUCAUAUUUUCACCACCCUCAUUUUGACCAUGUACCCUUUUGUAAACCUGGUGCUAACGAAACUCAACCCAUACCUAUCAACAGUCUAUUAACGCUCAUAGGAUUUAAUGUUCUUCUAUUAAAGUGUACCCUUGGUGCGAGUGUGUGACAAUGAUGUCUAUUUGUUGAAGUUAAUUACAUCAUUAAAUAGUAACUGCUCUUACCCAUUAUAGGCCCUUUGCUAGCGGGGGUUGGAAAUGAGUAGUUACGAUUAUCUGUCCCUAUGUGAUUCUUAAUACAUCAUUGAAAAUGAAUGCAUAUAUAUUCCCUUUGUGAGCUGUUGUCUAUUUAUGAAAAAUGUCAAUCCUGUUUGAAGUAUAAAUGUGUGUUGAAAGUAGGUUUAGAAUAGGCUUGUCUUAUGUACUGUAAAGUGGAGAGAGAGAGAGAGAGAUUGAAAGAGUAAGAUAGCUGCUGAUAGGAUAAAUGAACAAAGAGAUGACAGAAUACAAAAGAAAAACUGACAUGUAUGGUAGAUAGGGUGGGUCCGAGAGAGAGAGAGAGAGAGAGAGAGAGAGAGA